GGGAUCUGUCUCUGUUUCGUUUUUCUUUUUUUUUUUUUUCAGUUUUCAAUAGACGGCAGCCCCUUAUUCUAUUCGAUUCGGUUUUAUUUCACCCCUCAUCCCGACACGAAGCGUUUUCAGCUCCUAUAUGUCCAGCAUGCUGAUGGGAAGGAUCGGCGCUGCACCCUGUGUGUGACGUCACUCUUCGCCCUCGCUUCCAAUGGGAGUCGUGUGCGUGUGCGUGUGUGUGCGUGCGUGUGCGUGUGCGUGUGCGUGUACGACGAGCCCAGCACAACAUGGCCGCUUUAGUAGUUGUCCACUCGCCUGGAAGCGGCGGGGGGGAUGGGGCGCUGCCUCCAGAUUUAGGGAUAGGGAAGACGAGCCUCUUGAAGGCUGCUGAGAGCGAAGGGGCAGAUGUGAUUCACGGUAACGAUGCGCAGCUCGGGGCGGUAACGGCACCGCACAGUUCUGCAGAGAAAAUAAACGAGUCACCGCCGCUCCAAAUAAAAGACAUUGUCGUGUUGCUAUCAGAAGACGAAGAAGAAAAACCACGGGAUGAUAACAACACCAGCAAUCAUCUUCAUCAUCAUCAUCAUAUUAUAACGCAGGAGCCGCUGCUCGUCCUAAGAGCACACGGCUCUGGAGAAAGCGAGAAACAUCGCAAAGCUGCUGCUGCUGCUGGAGAAAGAGCCGAGGCGGAGGACGCAUCGGACUGCAGCUCCACCGGACAGGAAUCCACGUGUAACCCUGGAAUCCCUGUGCAGGAAACAGAGGGAGGAGGAGGAGGAGGAGGAGGAGGAGCGGGAGUCCGCUGUGAAGCUGUACUGCCCGCUUACAAACAGACAGAGGAACAACGCCACACGCACAGCCCGGGGCCCCACAGCCACCCCGCAGAGCCGCAGAGCUGUGGAGGGGGGGGGGCGCCGGGGAGGGGGAAGCGACGGCUGGAGUGCGUCGAAUGUGGGAAGAAGUUCAAUCGACGGGAGACCUUCGAGCUUCACCGGCACCUCCACACCCGCGCCGGAGAGGCUGCCACCCUCACCUGCCAGGACUGCGGGCUGAGCUUCCAGCAGCGGAGCCACCUGGUCAAACACCAGCGCGAGCACCAGGGCGGGGCUGGGGGGCACCGCUGCCCGCCGGAUCCCCUGUCCGGGAAGCCCUACCGCUGCCCGCUGUGCCGCCAGGAGUUCCGGUACCGCGCCUCGGUCGACGCCCACAUGCGCGGCCACUCCCUGGAGGGCGGAGAGCAGCUGCCCUGCCCCGCGGCCCUGCCAGACCGCCAGCGCUGCCAGACCUCCGAGGGCCCGGACCUCGGGGCGGCUCUCCGGCCCCGCCCGGUCGCUGUGGAGAGUCACCGGGAGGAGGAGGAGGAGGAGGAGGAGGAGGGAGGAGAGGGGCGGCCCCACCAGUGCGGAGUCUGCGACAAGAGGUUCGAUCGCGCCAGCCGCCUGCAGCAGCACCGCUACCUGCACACGGGGGAGAAGCCGUUCACCUGCCCCGACUGCGGGAAAGCGUUCGCCUUCCUGCAGAACAUGAAGGCGCACUGGAGGCUCCACGGCGGGGAGGGGGGCUCCACAAACAGGCUCCCGGGCGCGGACCACCCCCUCCCCCUCCCCCUCCCCCUCCCCCUCAAGGGCCUCCUGGAGUGCCCGGAGUGUGGCAAGGCGUUCUGUCACCGCUCGGUGAUGGAGGGACACAUGCGGAAGCACACGGGCGAGCGGCCCUUCCAGUGCUGCCUCUGCGGGAAGCGCUUCAAGUACAGCAGCUACCUGCAGCAGCACCUGGUCCUGCACAGCGGCAGCAAACCCUUCCCCUGCCCGGUCUGCGGCAAGGCCUUCGCCUUCAACCAGAACAUGAAGGCGCACUGGAAGCUGCACCAGGAGAAGCCCCACCGCUGCCCGCACUGCCGCAAGGGCUACAGCGAGGAGGGGCAGCUGAGGGAGCACCUGGCCAGCCACGCCGGCGACAAGCCUCACCUGUGCGGGCUGUGCGGCAAGAGCUUCGGCCUGGCCUACCAGCUGCGGGACCACCAGAACACGCACACCGGGGAGCGGCCCUACCGCUGCCACGAGUGCCACAAGAGCUUCCCCUGGCUGGGCAGCCUGCUGGUGCACCAGAAGAGCCACGAGAGCAAGAGGCAGGGCGCCGCGGGACGGCCGCGCAGCCGGAACGGGAACCGCGCAGGGGGGGGCAGGAGCCAGCCGCUCCCCCCCCAGGUCAGGGAGCCGGGGAGCAGGGGCUGCUACGGGGGCACCUCGCAGCCGCAGCCCAGGAGGGACGGCGCGGACGUGUUUACGAGCCUGGAGGAGCAGGCGCAGCUACUACAGCUGCUGCAGCAGCAGCAACAGCAACAGCAACAGCUGCAGGGGGCUGUGGCGCCGCAGCAGAGGUGGAUGGAGACGCAGCAGAGGGGAGCCGCGCAGCUGCAGCAGGAGCUGCGGCCGCUUGAAGUGAGGAACAGCGCGCAGCGGCAAGCGGAAACGCUGCAACAGCGCCGCCGCCUCGAGUCGCAGGAGCUGCAGGACAGGGACUCGGCGCAGGUUGAAAUGCAGGAAAGGGCGAUGGCACAGCUGCAGGAGCAGCGCUUCGAGCUGCAGCAGUGGCAGGACCGGGCGACCGAGCAACAGCGCGUUGAGCAGCAACCGCGAGAAAGGGCUUUCGGGCAACAGCAGGGAGAGGAGCAGCAGCAGCGCAUGGAGGCGCAAGAGAGGGCGUUGGAGCAGCAGCGCAUUGAGCUGCGGCAGACGGAGGAAAGGGCCGCAGAGAAGCAGCAGGAGCAGGAAAGAGCCGAGCAGCAGCAGCAGCAGCAGGGAGGGGAGCAGCAGCAGCAGGGAGGGGAGCAGCAGCAGCAGCAGCUGCAAAGCCCAGCGGCGCAGCAGGGUGGCGCCGUCGAGCAGGAGGAGGUACAGGAGCAGCGAGGGGGGGCCCCUCUGCUGAACGGCACCGAACCACAACCGCUGCGGCCGCCGCAGGCAGGGGAGGGGCAGCUCCAGUGCAUGGAAUGCGGCCAGGCGUUCCCGCGGGAAGCUGCGCUCCACGAGCACUACAUGGAACACGCCCGGGGAGACGUGUGACUCGGGUUCAACCCUUUACUGCAGGACCCCGGAGAAGACAGGACAGCUGGGAAGAGGUUCAGUGAUAUGAACUGUGUGUGUGUGUGUGUGUGUGUGUGUGUGUGUGUGUGUGUGUGUAAUGCACGGGGGAGCUCGCUGGAAAGCCUGAGCUGUCCCACACUGCCCUCGUGUGCACGGACUCAUGCAGUAACCCUGGCUUUGCAUUCUAAUGAACGCUAACAAUCCCACCCUCCCUGCCGUCUCAUUUCACAGCGUCUGACAGGCUUUAAGUAUGCCUUGUUUUCUAUGAUUAUGAUGAUUAUUAUUAUUAUUAUUAUUAUUAUUAUUAUUAAUAAUUGGUCAUUUAGCAGACACUUUUAUCCAAAGCGACUCAGAGACUAGGGGGGUGAACUUUGCUUCAUCAACAACUGCUGCAGUCACUUCCAAUAGGACCUCGUUUUGAGGGAUUUUAACCUCCUGGUAUCAAGACCCCUUUUCUCUAACCACUGGAUCUCUAAGCCUGGCUCAGGUUAUUUUCCAGCACAGAGGACAGCGCUUACAGACAGACACCCUGCGAGAUUUUGAGCCGUGUGCCGGAGCGGCGAUCUGCUCCGAAACUCGUUUAAGAAAAAAGAGAGACCCGACAGGCUGUUUAGUAAUUAGGAACUGUUUUACUCUAAACCAUUGCUCCUGUAUUAAUAAAAUAUGAAUGCCACGAACGAUGAAUGGUAUGGAUUUAUUUAGCAUAAGGUUAUUUUUAAUAUCUACACACAGUGCAU